AUGUCUGCUCAAUCGUUGCAUGCAGUUUUCCCAGCUCGGAAGGGCCCUAUCAACCUGCCCUACGAGAUUUUCCUCCUCAUCGUAGAGGCAAUGAUUUCGGAGGCCUACGAGAGGGCUAGACAUGAAAAGAUAAUCUACACAAUUGAUUUCACGAACGGACAGCAUCAAAGUGUCUCGCAGUCCAGUUUUUCUAUUGUAUUGUGGGGCCGUAAAGGCUUCAAGAUACAGAUGCAGCGAUGGAAACAAAUCCGCGACCUUCUACGAAUUGACGGAACCAGCAGACGCUUGGUAAAAGGAACCUUCGUUACCAACGACAUGGUACGCGUCGCGUACUUUUCACGCACGUAUGAUCCUCGAUCCAUGGACGAAAGGCGCCGGACGGGAAUAGCAUCUUCCAUGCAUCUUUCACACUUCAUCCUCAACCUGAACACGAAAAGCUUUUUCAACUAG